CACGUGGAAGGAUACCUUUACGUUCUCUUCGUAAAUCAUUAUUACGCAGAGACACUUUUGCUAUGGCAACACGCACCUUUUGAUUAAGAACGGUUGGUAAACGUGAUGUAACACAAGCCAUGUAGUACUGUUUAAUUUGUAAAUUUCUCUGACAUUAUGGCACACAGUUUUGCAUAAUUGAGAGGAGACAAUGGACAACAUGUUGGAGUCCUAUGUCACACCACUCCUCAUGAGCUAUGUAAACAAGUAUAUCAAGAAUCUGAAGCCAUCUGACCUGCAGCUGUCUCUCUGGGGAGGAGAUGUAGUGCUCAGCAAGCUGGACCUGAAGCUGGAUGUGCUGGAACAGGAGUUAAAGCUGCCCUUUACAUUCAUGAGUGGCCAUAUCCAUGAGCUGCGUAUCCACGUACCCUGGACCAAGCUGGGCUCAGAGCCUGUAGUCAUCACCAUCAACACUAUGGAGUGCAUCCUCAAGUUGAGAGAUGGAGCCCAGGAUGACUAUGAGAGCGGCUCUAGCUCCACCAGUCGCAGUGCCUCAGACAGCACCAAGGCUGUUUCCAAGCCUCGUCGCCUCCAGCAGACUGCCCCCAAUGACCCAGACCUGCCCCCAGGUUAUGUGCAGAGUCUCAUUAGACGUGUGGUGAACAAUGUGAAUAUUGUGGUGAACAACUUGAUCCUUAAGUACGUGGAAGAUGACAUUGUGCUGUCGGUGAACAUUACCUCAGCAGAGUGCUACACUGUGGACGAUAUGUGGGAGAGGGCAUUCAUGGACUUCACUGCUCCAGAGCUGGUCCUAAGGAAAGUGAUUAACUUUGCAGACUGUACUGUGUGCUUGGACAAGCGGAACGCCAGUGGCAAGAUUGAAUUUUACCAGGAUCCACUGCUGUACAAAUGCUCUUUCAGAACACGCCUCCAUUUCACCUAUGACAACAUCAAUUCCAAGAUCCCAUCUGUGAUAAAACUCCAGACCAUGGUCGAGAGCCUGAAGUUGUCUAUUACCGAUCAGCAGCUGCCCAUGUUCAUCCGCAUUUUACAACUGAUUAUUGCCCUCUACUAUGGGGAAAUUGGGGGCCACAAAGAGAGUGAGGCACAAGAAAGUGCUCAUGUUAGGGAGACUGGAACAAGUUCACCUGGGCUGGAUGUGGAUAUGGAAAGUCAGGGGACUAGCCAGUACUCCAACACAGGCCUAUACAUGCAGUCUGACAGUCCUGAAGAGGAAGACCAGGGCUGGAUGUCCUGGGCUUGGUCUUUUGUCCCAGCCAUCAUAGGCACAGAGGAGGAAAGCGAGGAAGGUCUUGACCAGCAGAGAGAGACAGGAGGCAUCCCCAACAGCCCCCAACAACACACACCUAAAGACCCCAUUGUUUCCAUAGGCUUUUACUGCACCAAAGCUUCUGUCACCUUCAAGCUGACAGAGACGCAGUCAGAGAGCAGCUACUAUAGUCCUCAGAAGGUUAAGUCCAGAGAGGUACUGUGCCUAGAGCAACAGGGAAUCACUAUUGAGGUGCUCAUGAUGGGGGAGCCCUUCUUCAAUUGUCAGAUUGGCUUUGUCGGCUGCCGGGCACUGUGCCUGAAAAGCAUCAUGGGAGUACGGGAUUUUGAGGAAAAUUUGAACCGAAGUGAAGAGCAUGCUGUGUUCUUCCGCUGUGGGGACAGCCUAAGCAGUAAAGGAAUGACCUAUCUUACCAACUCCCUCUUUGACUACCGCAGUCCAGAGAACAAUGGAGUCAGGGCGGAGUUUGUCCUGGAUGCUGCUACUCACAAGGAGACCUACACGGAGAUAGCAGGCAUGCAGCGCUUUGGUGCUUUCUACAUGGAUUAUCUCUACACAAUGGAGACCAGCAGCGGUAAAGGCUCUCAGGACUUCUCAGCACUCAAUACUGAGGAGGUAGUGCCUUCUGUUCAGGAGACAUCCAUGAAGAGGUUGGUGGUGGGACCUCUAGACAUCAGGCUGCAUAGUAGUGCUGUCCAUCGCAUCCUCAAGAUGAUCACCUGUGCCAUGGACCACGAGUAUGAACCCUAUUGCAAACCACAGCGAGAAAUGAUUGAGGAGAACCAUGGUCCAGCUACGCCAGAAGAAAUAUCGAGCUUGGAGGAAUUCAUCCCAAACCGACUCACUUGUCUUACUCUCCUCCAAGUCUCAUUCACUGUCUCCAUGGCAGAGUUCAACCUCCUUCACACACUAAUGCCUGUCAUCAUGGGAUGCAAGGCUACACUUCGACCGGUCAGUGUGCCCGUGUUUCAGCCAGUGUGCCCUCUACCUUCUGUGCAGUUCCAGGUAGAGAGGGUGAAUAUUGAACACUCGGUGCCUAUGUAUGCUGCAGAACUGGUCAGUGCUGUUGGCAGUCUCACCCAGCCCUCGGACAACCUGCUACAUCACUGCUAUGCACACCUCUACCUCAAGGUGUUUGGAUUCCAGGCAGGCCUGACAUGUCAGGACAGUACAGGGGCUCUCCUGCCUCUCAUUCCCAUCAUCCCUUCCUUUAGUACCGCUCUCUAUGGGAAGCUGAUUCAGAUGCCUACAUACUGGAGCAAAAGGUCUUCGGUCCCCACCACAGAGAUUAUUUUUGAGCUUCCACAUUUUACUGUACAGGCCACAAGGGCCCAGACGAUUUUGCUCCAAUCAAUUUGUCAGAGCUGGACCCACAGCACAAUCAGGGGAUCUCCACUGACACUCAGCGAAAGCCUGCUCAAUGAGGUGUAUAAAGCUCCAGGUGUGAAAUCUCUGGGCUUGUCACCGACUCUUGAGGGCUCAGUCCAAAACCUGGAGCUGAAGUUCUGCAGCCGUGCGACGGUGAAAUGUGCCUCAGGAACAGUGGGAGCUGUAAAAGUUUGUGCCAGGACUCCAGGUUCAGGAGAGGGCGUGAAAGAGAAGCUGGUUCCUCUCAUUCAGGGCCCCUCUGACACCAAAGAGCUUCAUUUGAGCCGCUGGCUUAAUGAGAGCCGCAAGCCUGAAUCUUUGCUGGCCCCUGACCUGCUGGUGUUUUCUCUGAUGAUCCCUCAGCAAGGAGACGAUUGCAGGAACUCAGGUGCAGUCCUGCUGGUCAGUGUUCAGGGCAUAGCUGUCAGUGUGGACCCAGUCUUCUGCACCUGGCUGUUGUACCAACCACGAGCGAGCAGCAGACAACAGCAUCUGAACCCAGGUCCAGAAUCCAGGUCGGCUAAGAGGAGAGAGGAUGAGGUGUCGAUAGGGAGCACACCACUGGCCAAACAGCCUUCUAAUCAGGCCUCAGAUUAUGCCAGCAGCCCCGUCAAAACCAAAACAGUCACAGAAUCACGUCCUCUGUCUAUCCCAAUGAAAGUGAUGCCUGACACCACCACAGCGGAAUCGUGGACAGCCUCGGAGGAAAGAAUGAAAGAGCUUAUUGCCCAGGCCUGGGAUGCUGUUAAACGCCUUACCCUACAGUUGGAGCUGCAGUCAUGCUGCAUGUUCUUGCCCAAUGACAGUCUCCCCUCCCCGAGCACCAUCAUUUGCGGUGACAUUCCUGGCACUGUCCGUAGCUGGUACCACAACCAGGCCUCCAUGCCAGGGACUUUGGUAGUCUGCCUGCCCCAGAUCAGUGUCCUCAGUGCUGGACAUAAGCACAUGGAGCCGCUGCAGGAGCUCCCCUUUGUGGUGUCCAGGCCCAUCUUGGAGGAAGGUGAUGCCUUCCCAUGGACAGUAAGCCUGAGUCAGUUCAGCAUGUACACACUGCUGGGGCAGCAGCAGAGCCUGAGCCUGCUGGAGCCUAUGGGCUGUACCUCCACACUGGCUGUCACAUCCCAUAAGCUGCAGAGCUGUUCUGAAGGAAGGCACUCGUUUGUAGUCUGCCUUCAUGUUGAUCUGCAGCCCGUCCACGUCAAGUGCUCCAACCCUCAGGUUCAGCUGUUGUAUGAACUGCUCCUUAGCUGGAGCUCUACAUGGGCUCGUCUCCAGAAGCACGGCAUCUUGCGUCAGGCCUCAAGUGUUCCCGAACCCCAUUCUGGUGCUGCUCCAUCCUCCCCAGUGCACAGCAGUGCCGGCACUGCCCUACCGGACACCAGCACCUGCAGCCCCUCUGCAGAUUUUGGCUCCCGCACUGAGGGUGACUCUGUGCCUGCUGCAGAUGACAGUCCGUUUGCUGACACAGUGACCUUGGAGCAGAAAACUAACAGCAUUGGUGGGACUAGUGGGAAGGUCAGCCUUUGGAUGCAGUGGAUGUUACCCAAGGUUGCUGUUAAACUCUUUGCUCCCAAGCCAGCUGCCAAAAAGACAGAGAUCUGUGUCAUUACUGAACUGGAAGACCUGAGUGCCUCUGUAGAUGUCCAGGAUGUUUAUACAAAGAUCAAAUGUAAAGUCGGCAGCUUCAACAUCAACCACUACAAAAGCAGGCCAGGGCAGGGCUGGCACCCUAGCCACUAUGAAGGAAUCAUUCUGCAGUGCAAGGAUACAGCCGGGACGGCCGCCAAGGUCCUGGAGGGCUCUCACCAGCAGCACGGCUUCCUCUCGAUCACAUACACUCAGGCUGUCGCCAAAAAUGUCCGUCACAAGCUCACCACUCACUCUGAGCGGCCAGCACGCAGCAACGCUGCCGCUGCCAGCAUCACCACUGAUCCUUUGGCUGACAGCUCCCCUCAGUACCUGAGAGAAAUCCUGCUGACUGCCCAGGCCUUUGAUGUGGUGCUGUCCUGUCCCUUAUUGGCCACCAUAGCAGGGGUGUUCCAGACUACGGUACCAAGACGAUACAGAGAGCGUGGGAAGUCCACUGGUCAACCAAUGAGAAGUCACACCCUGACUUCUCGAUGUUUGCCUCUCAUCUACAUCAACACCAGUGUGAUCAGGGUCUUCUGCCCCGGAGCACAAGACAAACAUACAGCGUCAGUAGAUCCCCAUGUGAAACAAGAGGACACCCUUGUAUUGAAGAUGGGUUCCCUCAGCAUGGCUCCUCAGGCUGAUAACCCCCUGACCCGCACUGUGCUGAGAAAAGACAUCUACCAACGUGCACUGAACCUUGGCAUCCUGCGUGACCCAGGUUCAGAGGUGGAGGACCGUCAGUACCAGGUCGACCUUCAGUCCAUCACCAUUGGAACAGCUCAGUGGGAGCAACUUAAGCCAGAGAAGGAGGGAAUCAAAGGAGGUGUAUUGGCGGAGAGUGAGAGGAACUCCCAGAACCCAGCCCUGGAGUGGAACAUGGCUAGCAGUAUCAGGAGGCACCAGGAGCGGCGCGCCAUCCUGACACCACUCCUGACUGAUUUUUCUGUUCGAGUGACCGCUGCUCCAGCCAUCAUCUUCAGCAAGAACCUCUCCCCUGACAGCGGACAGGCAGAGGAGGUGGUGGUGUGUGGCCACUCUCUGGAGGUGAACGUCACCAGCAGUCUGGAUUUCUACCUCAGUGUUGCCCAGGUGCAGUUCCUACAGCAGCUUCUCAGAGACAACAUGGUGGUGAUGGACGCUCCGGAGAAAAGCGCUGAGGUGCGUCGACAUGAGCAGGAGUGCGGAAGUCGUGACCCUGUGGCAGGUGUGGACUCCUCUUCACGUCACAGCGGGACUGGGCAGGACAGCGGCUUUGGCAGCGACAGUGCUCGCAUCCGCAUUGUCCAAAUAGAGCAGCAGUGUGGGGCCAGCCAUCACUGCAUUGCUAGGCCCUCCCACAAGUCCACCAUUACCAAGAACCUCAGCUUCAUUCCUUUUGACAUCUUUCUCACUGCUAGUAGGCUAUCUGUCAUGACCUAUGCUUGCUCCAGUCCCCAAAAGGCCCUUCCCUCAUCAUCGAACACCCCCAGCACACUGGAGGAGAAAGAAUCUGGGAUCUCGGGCUCCCUGAUGCCAGACCCUGCUCCAGCUGCCCAGGGUUCCCUUGCUGGCCUGACUGCUGAUGACAUUCUCAACAGCAAUGCCUCCCAGCCCACCUCCCCGCUCCUGAGAGGCAGCCUGCUGUCCCUGGAUGCACUGCCCACUCCCAGUCGCUCCUCAGCCCGCCAGGCACUGGGAGUGACCAUAGUGAGGCAACCAGGGAGAAGAGGGCCUGGGGACCAGGUUUUGGAACCCCUCCUGUACCUCCAGGUGAUGCAGCCUUCUGCUCUGCUCAGCUGCCACCACCGCAAGCAGAGGAUGGAGCUGUCUAUGUUUGACAUGACCUUAAGAGGAGUUGCAUCAGACUACAAGUGUCUAGACCCAGGAAAGACUCUGCCAGAAUCUCUUGACUACAACGUGUUUUGGCUUCAGACAGUAGCUGGUGAGGUGGACAGUAAAACGGGCAUCCCUCCCCCCCUGCUCUGCCUCCAGAUCAAAGAUUUCCUCAAUGGACCAGUCCCAGUCUUGGAGAGGGUCAGUGAGCGUGUCCAGAGAUGUAACUGCUACCACUUGCAGCUGAGAGAUCAGCCUUCCCUCUGUAGAGAAGCAGCAGCUGAGCUGAAUGUCGAGCUGUCACGCCCCCUGAAAAUCAAUCCUACACUGGCUAAGCUGGAGCAGGCCAAAGCCUACCUGAAGAAAGUCCUACCAGACCACACUUGGCAUACCUCCAGUAAACCAGCGUCUGCUUCCCCCACACCUCAUACCUCCCCCAUGAAGACAAUGCACAGGCCCUUUCCUUCUCGUUUUGACCCCCACCAUCAGCACUCAGCUCUGGGUAAAACCAACAGCGUUGGGGCCCUGGCAUUGUCCUUUCAUAAGGUCUCCCUCCAUACUGCCCAGAUUGUAGUGGUCAUGGAGAUGGAGGCUCAUCCAAAAAGGCCCAGCGUGACACUAUCCAUGUCGGGCAUGACAGGAAGCCUGAAGAUAAAGUCAGGGCCUAGAAAAGAAGAUGCAGUUCAGGCUGCCUCUGUGCUGCUGGAGCUGCAAGAUGUGUUGGUGAGAACAGGGCUGAAGGACCGACACCGUCUUCUGCUGGGGCCAUUCUCCUGCAGCACCUCCCUGGAGGCUCGGUUUUGUCGGCACAGUGGCAGCCCUGGACCUGAGCCUGGCUCCCCUAAACUGCUGUUGGACUUGAAGGGAGGACUGCUACAGGUCUUUUGGGGCCAAGAACAUCUGAACUGCCUGAAUCUGGUCGAGGAGCACCUACGGGCAUACCUUCACCUUGAGAAAGGGGAUUCAGCUGAUAUUUUUUCAAAGGGCAAGCCCUGCCACACCCAGCCGCCUCCCUCCCCAGGCUCGCUUUCUCCUCGGACAGAACACAGCUCAGAUGACUUGCGCACAGGGCAUUUUCAGUACCUCCAGUACUCAGCGACCCAGAGGUUGCCAGGACCCAAUGAGGUGGUGUUCUGCAGUGAGACAGAUGACCACCCAGGUGCAAUGCUGUGGAGAUACCCUGAACCCCGCGUUCUUACCUUUGUCAGGAUAACUCCUGUCCCUUUCAACACCACAGAGGACCCUGAGAUCAGCAUGGCUGACCUAGGGGAUGUCCUGCAGUUGCCGUGCAGCCUGGAAUACUGGGAUGAGCUCCAGCAGGCCUUUGUUUCAUAUCAGGAGUUCAGCCUAUCAGAGAGCCGUGCCUGCCAGCUGCAGCUGCCCAGCCUCAGCCUCAUCAACCAGCAGAAGGAGUUCCUGGCCUCAGACCUGUGGAGGAUAGUACUCAAUAGUAACGGAGAGGGUGGAGAUGAGCAGAGUCUGGAUAGCGAGUGUGGGUCCCAGCUACCCUUCGAUCAGUUGGUAUCUCCCAUGGCAUUGGCAGCCUGCACCCGUGUGGACUCCUGCUUUGCACCGUGGUUUGUGCCCUCCCUGGGUGUGUCCCUACAACUAGCACAGCUGGAAGUUCAUCUCUGCCACCAUCUAGAACAGCUGGGUACAGUUCCACCUCGACAGCUUCGUCCCUUCCUGUCAGACAGGAAAUUACCUCAAGAACAGGAGUUUACGGUGAUUGGUGCUCGUGAGCCGAGGGUCUUCUUGCGUCAGUGGAGCACUGGACCACGUCACUGUCAGGAGUUUAGCUUUUCCACCCAGUUAGACUGCAAGCUUCUGGAAUACCAAAACCUAACGCACCUUCAGCUCCUCCAGCCUUGUCUACUACAGGGUCAGGCUGCAGCCACCUGCUGCCCCCAGAACACCACAUUGGAUGUGAAUGUGUUUGUGGACCCAGUGUUCCUCAAUAUCAGCCAGUAUGCCAUCCACACUGUGGACACUGCCCUUCACAGCUGGCAACAGAAUGGGAACCCAGAGGCUGAGGAGCUCGUCUACAGUCACUAUGUGAUCUGUAACGACACCCAUGAGACGCUUUGCUUUGGCCAGGUGGAUACAGAUGAGAACGUGCUGCUGGCCAGCCUCCAUAGCCACCAGUACAGCUGGAGGUCCCACAAGUCCCCUCAGCUGCUGCACAUCUGCAUUGAGGGAUGGGGGAACUGGCGCUGGUCAGAGGCCUUCAGCGUGAACAACGUAGGGACUCUGCUGAGGACUAUUCAGUACAAGGGACGCACCGCCUCACUCAUCAUCAAGGUGGUGCAGCUCAACGGUGUCCAAAAACAGGUAAUAAUCUGUGGGCGGCAGGUGAUGUGCAGCUACCUGACUCAGGACAUUGAACUGCGAGUGGUGCAGCACUACGUAGGGCCCGACAGUCAGACAGUGGUUAGGGAACACUGUGAUUGCCUGGAAGCUGGGACCAAGUUGCCUUCAUAUGUGCUGGAGGAUGCCGAAAUGACGGAGCUGUGUGUGAGAGCUCGAGGAGAUGAAGACUGGUCCCAGGAUGUUCAGCUGGAGAGGCGAGACAAAGGAAGCAGCAGCUCUGUUGUACAGGUGCCUUGUUCCAGUGGUUCUUUACUCUACGUGUGGUGUACUCUCAUCACUAUUGAACCUGACUCUCAUAUGCAGCAGAGAGUGGUGGUUUUCAGUCCACUGUUUGUCAUGAGGAGCCACCUGCCAGAUCCGGUAAUAGUCCAUAUAGAGAAGAGAAGUCUGGGACUCAGAGAGAGCCAGCUGAUACCUGGACAGGGCCACCAGGAACCCCUGUUGAAUACUGAGGCUGACCUCACUCACCAUCUCACUUUCCAAUCCAGGGAGGAUGAAGAUGCUUCUCACUGUGCUGUGCCAAUCUCCACCAGUCUAAUUAAACAGAUAAUGAACAAGACUGGAAAUAAGGACAGCCUGGAACACAUCCUGACUGACUUCUAUGGUCCGAAAACCUCUACUGAGUCAGCAUGGCCCUACGUCACCAAAGAUACUGACAGGGCUGUGGUAGAGCCACUUGCCCAGUGGGAUAGUCCAAUGCAAGUGAAAUUAUCCAGCUGGAAGUCUGGUCUGAACACUCUACUGGUAGAACUGUUGCCCUGGGCCCUGCUCACCAACCACUCCCAGUGGGACCUCUGGCUCUUCGAGGGAGAGAGCAUCGUACUUCAGAUACCAGCCGGCAAGGUCAUUGUACCGCCCAACUUCAAGGAACCCUUCCAGAUUGGUAUCUACUGGGCCCACACCAACACUGUCCACAAGUCUACAGCACUGAAACUGGUCCAUGACCUGACUUCUCCUCGAUGGAAGGAGGGAUCAGGCCCAGACAUGGUCACUCUAGAUGAGGAGGGAUACGUAGAGGUCGACAUCACCCUGGGCACCUUCCCUGGAAGACAGAAGCUGUGUCAGUUCUGUGUGUCAUCUGUGGUGAGACAUGGCAUCCAGAUCCUACAGAUAGAGGACAGAGCAGUUCUUGUCAACAACACUACUUACUGGAUACAGUACAGGCCUCUGCUGACUUAUCACACACUGGGUAGCAGUGACCAGGCCUGUGACCUUCCAGAGACAGCCGUAUUCAGCCUGGCUCCCUCUGGAGAGUCAUCCCUGGCCACGCCGUGCUCAGUGCCAUGCUGGGACAUCCUCCAGGGAAAGGUGGAAUUCCCUCUGCCUCUCAGACACAUGCUCUUCAGCUUGUUUCCCAGGCCUGGUGCCGCAGUUGGAUCUACAGCAUGGAGCCUCCCUGCUCCCAUCCGACCAGACCUCCCCAGGCAGAGUUUGUCUGUUCCUGGGGAACCAGACUCGGGCGGUGGCCUGAGCAGCAAAGCCAUAGUACUGACAUACCAGGAGCACCUUGGGGUGACGUACAUCAGUCUGAAUGAGGACCCCUGCCCUCGCAUGGUGAUCCACAACAAGUGCCCUAUCCCACUGCUGCUGAAGGAAGAUGUCAAAGAAACUCCAAGGACUGAGGUAUACUGCCGUCCUCUGCCUGCUAACUGCUGUCUGCACCAUGAGCUCUACUACCACUUUUCCAGUUUCCCCGAGUGCAGGCAGAAAGAGGUGCUGCCCACAUUGCUGCUGAAAACCACCUCAGACCACAGCACUGCAGACUGGACCGACCCCAUAGAUAUCAACUGCCCCGGCACUCAGGUGGUGUUCCUGCCAGGCUUUGGCUGUCUCUACAUUGAUGUGGUGUAUGAGAGAGGCACCUUGGUUCUGUCUCUGGCACCAGAGGGCAGUGUGGAUACUGUGAUCAACCAGCAAAGCAGGUCCCCCAAGCUGUCCUUCAGAGUCCUCCUGAGGGAGGCCAGUGUGGCAUUAAGGGAUGACAUCACCAGUCCCUCUGGUUCUAUGGAGCUGCUAAGACUCACACUGACCAAGCUGCUCCUCAGCCUGGCUCCGGCACCUACUUCCUUACCCCUGGAGCUGGCAGUUGAUCCUAGCAUGGAUGCGGCGCCCAUCUCAGCUCUGAUGGGUGAGGCCUCUCUGAUCGAGGUCUGCUGCUCCAGUCUGCAAGUAGACAACCAGCUGUAUAACCAAGCAAGUUUCCACUUUCCCGUGCUGCUGUGCCAGGAUCAGAGAGGGGGAGCUGACGCCGGGGGUCCGUGGAGCACUGAUGCCAACCCCACCCAGUCUCCUGAAGCUCUGGAGGAAUUCAAAUCCUCUUGUUUCCUGCAGUUGAGGAUGACAGUGGCUGGAGACAAACACACUGUGGAAGAGGUCAUCUUCCAGCUUCAGCCUGCCAGAGUCUACCUUGAAGACACCUUUGUUUACUACAUCAAGACCCUGUUCCACACCUACAUCCCUGACAGCGCUAUGGCGUCAGCUCCAGCAGAGACCCAGAGGAGCAGAGAGGCUGGACCAGCCCCCGUCGUCCCUGAGCAGGUGCUGCAGGCAGUGCAGGCAUUGGUCCACCCUGUGUGGCUGCAGCAGCUGAACAUCCAGCCAGUUAACCUGCUGGUCAGCAUCCACGCCUCCCUGAAGCUGUACAUCGCGUCAGAUCAUACUCCUCUCUCCUUCUCCCUGUUUGAGAGAGGGCCACUGUUCACCACAGCCAGACAGCUGAUCCACGCUCUGGCCAUGCACUAUGCUGCUGGGGCCCUCUUCAGAGCUGGAUGGGUGGUGGGGUCUUUGGAGAUCCUUGGCAGUCCUGCCAGCCUGGUGCGGAGCAUCGGUAAUGGCGUGUCUGAAUUCUUCCGAUAUGAGGGUCUGACCCGGGGACCCGGAGCCUUCGUCAGUGGGGUGUCCAGAGGGACCACCUCCUUUGUCAGACACAUCUCAAAAGGCACACUGACAUCCAUCACCAACUUAGCAACAAGCCUGGCCAGGAACAUGGACCGCCUGUCUCUGGAUGAGGAGCACUACACCAGGCAGGAGGAGUGGAGACGGCAGCUACCAGAGAGCCUCGGGGACGGACUGAGGCAGGGGCUGUCACGACUCGGACUUAGCCUGUUAGGAGCAAUAGCCGGCAUCGUGGAUCAGCCCAUGCAGAACUUCCAAAGGCACUGGGACAUGCAGAGCUCAGCCAGUAGCAAGGCCAAAGGGGUCAUCUCUGGAGUGGGGAAAGGCAUCGUGGGGGUUUUCACCAAGCCUAUUGGAGGAGCAGCUGAACUGGUGUCACAGACUGGAUACGGAAUCCUCCAUGGUGCAGGACUGUGGCAGCUUCCCAGACAGCUCUACCUGCCUGCGGAGGAGAAGUCGACUCAAGCCCCAAACAGCCACCUUAAAUAUGUUUGGAAGAUGCUCCAGUCUUUGGGGCGCCCUGAGCUCCACAUGGCCCUGGAGGUGACCAUUGUGAGCGGGUCUGGUCAGGAACAUGCUGGCUGUCUGCUGCUCACCUCUGAGGUGGUGUUUGUGGUCAGCCUGAGUGAGGACACGCAGCAGCAGGCUUUCCCCAUCACUGAGGUGGAGUGUCAGCAGAAGGAAGGACAGCAGGGCCAGCUCACCCUCACCUUGCAGCAGCAGACAGUAGCCAGUGAGACAGAGGGUGACGGUGCUCGUGAGCGUCUGUCCGAGCAGCAGUAUCGGCGCCUGGUAGAUUAUGUGAUGAGGGCCUCACAGUUUCUUUCGCCUUCCACUGCCUCUCUUCAGCUGCAGCCACCAGUGACUCUCGCCGAGCCACCGCCCUCUGUCACCAAGUCUUACUGUUACCUGGUGGAUCCCACCUUUGCCAAAGUGUUUGUCAGCAAGUUCAUCAUGGUAAAGAACAAAGCCUUGCGCAUCGGCUUCCACUGACACACAGUAGUAGCUUUUGGCUUUGUGCUACAAAAAUAAGACUCUAGUUUGGCUCUGGAAAAAAAUACUUUUUAUGCAAAACAUACCUGUUGAAGUAAAAUAAUUUCUUUGUAUUUAAAUGUCAGAAUUGAUUUUGAAAUAUCUUUUUUAAUCAAAGAAAUAGACUUUUCUUAUAACUAGGACAUUUUAAUGUAACCAAGACAAACAGGACUUUUCAAACUAAAGCUUCUUGGACCAACAGUGCAUUCUCUUUCAACUUAAAAUCAGGGUUCAUUCAUGCAGCGUGAAACCUGCUCAGUGGUGCAGACAAGUGCACUAGCGGGAGAUCUGUUUCAUUCCUGUCAAAACAGUCUGCAACGUAAGCUCUAGGUGUUUACAUUCUACACACAGUGACUAUGUCCUGUGCUGGUGUAUACAUGUUGGUGGAUGCUAGACGUGUCAACCAAAAUGUUGUAUAGAUGUAACAUACUUGUUUGACAUUAACACUACUGUCUGUGAUCUUACACGGAGCUCUGUGUAAAACCUAAUGUAUGUAAGUUAAAUAUUAAGAGAAGUGUUUUAACAUUAUAUAAAGCAUUUUUUGAUCAUUUGUGCACUACUAUCAAAUAAAUCUAGUCGCAGUAAAAGCCUCAA